ACCAGUUCAAACCAACCCCGUUUUGAAUUUUCUGCAAAUUGCUUUCCACACCCUCUCCUGCCUCUUUCUCCUAUCUUCUGCUAUCCCCCGCCUCCUUCCAGUCUCAAAUGAAUCUCCAAAGCCUAAUCUGCGGAGCUAGUUGUCGCCGGUCCUCGUCAUCGUCUUCACCAGCUAAGUCUAUCAGGCUGCGUUGGAGGAUUCGCAGUACAAGACCUGCGCCCCUCAGAACUGCGGAUAUGGCCCAAACAUCAGCUACCCUUGAGAAUGGCAGUGUCUACCAUGGACUGCCCAUCUUUGACUCCGACGACCUUAAGAAUGCUACCAACGAUUUCGAUCCAGCAGCGGAACUUGGUGAUGGAGGCUUUGGCACUGUUUUCAAAGGCAAACUCCGAGAUGGGCGUGUAGUUGCAGUCAAGAGAUUGUACGAAAGCAACCACAGAAGAGUCGAGCAGUUCGUGAACGAAGUCGAUAUACUUACUCGCUUAUGCCACACGAAUCUAGUCUCACUGUAUGGCUGCACCUCCCGGCAGAGCCAUAGACUCCUGCUCGUGUAUGAAUAUGUGCCAAAUGGCACGGUGGCUGAUCAUAUUCACAGCGAUUUAGCUAAACCCGGCUCACCCCCAUGGUCCACCCGUUUGAACAUAGCCAUAGAAACCGCAAACGCAUUGGUGUAUCUCCACGCAUCUGAUGUUAUCCACCGAGAUGUGAAGACCAGCCACAUCCUACUGGACGAGAAUUUUAGAGUCAAGGUUGCGGAUUUCCAUUUGUCGCGCCUCUUCCCAGUUAAUGUCACUCAUGUUUCAACUGCUCCGCAAGGAACACCAGGUUUUAUUGAUCCAGAAUACCUUCAAUGCUACCAAUUGACUGAGAAGAGCGAUGUAUAUAGCUUUGGAGUAGUCUUGAUGGAGCUCAUAUCUUCCUUGCCAGCAGUUGAUAUCACUAGGCAUCGCCACGAGAUAAAUCUAUCCGCCCUGGCCAUUAACAAGAUCCAAAGCCACGCCUUGCACGAGCUUGUAGAUCCAAAUCUGGGGUUCGAUACAGACUAUAGGACUGGAGAAAUGAUUACUGCGGUGGCGGAGUUGGGGUUCCAGUGCUUGGAGCAAGGCCAUGACAUGAGGCCAUCGAUGGAAGAGGUAUUAAAAACACUAAAGGAAAUACAAAACCGUGGAGACAACAUGGAGAAGUCAGACAAACAGAAUAUAGCGGAUGAUGCUGUUCUGUUGAAGAACAAUCCGUUAACUUCUUUGCCGGUUUCAGUCACGGGGAAAUGGGUUAGCAACAAUUCAACACCCAAUGCCACUGGUUAG